CCCGGGGCGGCCGGCGGCGGGGCGGCCCGCGCCUCCCCUGGGCCCGCCGCGGAAGGGGCUUCUCCCCUCGGGGGCGGCCCGGGCCUCUGCGGGCCUCGCCGGUGCUUUGUCGGCAGCCGCUCCCCCUCAGGGACCCUCUGCGCAGGGCCCAAAUGGCUGCCGGCGCCCCUGGCGAGGCCAGGAGCUGUCACUGGCGAGCCGCUGCAGUCCCAGGACUGCGAGUCAUGGCUUGGGAGAGAGUAGCCAUGCUUUGCUGUCGCCUGUUCCAUUUGUGUGCCCUCAGCUGCUGCACUGGGCCGGGACAGUGUUUCAGGAGUCACAUGGGUGAUGACAGCGGAAGGUUUAAAAUUGGCAAAGGCAAGCUGCAGCAGAGACCUGCUGCCUGCGGUUGAUGAGAUCAUGUCCAAGAUCUGUUUGUAUAACUCCCUCCAUGGUGCCUUAAUGCAUGCUGCCGGCCAUGAGGAACUGUGGAUGGACUGGGACAGCACUUACAAGUUUUCCCAGUACGGCUGGAGGUGCACGACCAAUGGAAAUGAUUACUCAGCGAAAACCCUUAUGGGGAACUGGAAUGAAGAGCAAUACAAUAUCCAGAGAAUUGUGCAGCCCAAGGCACCUCCUUCCCAGGACUUGAAUGAGAACCUCACUGGUUUCCGGGCCACCACCCUGAGUUGGAACCUCCUUCGUUCAACCCAACUGCUCAGUCCUGCUACACAAUAGACUACAGGCCUCCAUAUGCAGCAUUUUCUUUGCUUGUGUCCGACACUCAGAGAAGGAACAAGAAGGAUGCAAGAAAUGUAACAGAGAUGGAAAGAACCUGCACACUGUGCUUUCAGAAAAACAGGAGGCCUCUCUGCCAGCAGUGCUAAAGGAUAUCCUUCAAGCAAA